AUGAGUGAUUCGAUCCUCGCUGCGCUGUCAUCCCUGUCGAUCCAGGCAGAGGAGCCUCGCGCUGCUACUCAUACGCCUGCUGACUCGCCGGCCGCAUGGGAGGGUGCGCUCGCUGCCCUGCCGGCGUCCUCGAAGCCCGCCAGCUACCGCAUGCUAAAGACGCUCGUGUUCAAGCCCAAGACGGCCAAGUCUGAGACGCCUGUGCCCGUCAUGGUCGUCACCGAUGACAGCACACAGUCUAACACUGCGGCUAUUGGCGCGCACCUGAAGCUGAAGGAGCUGCGCUUGGCUGUGCCUGAGCUCCUGCACGCGACACUUGGGGCCACCAAGGACGAUGUGUCGCCCUUUUCCGUGACGGCGGACAAUGCCAGCAAACUGCGUGUGUUGGUCGAUCAGGACAUGAUCGAUUCGAAUGCCACGUAUGCGGUGCAUGCUCGCUCAGCGAGCGAGACCGUCUUUGUGACGGGCGCGGCCCUCGUGGCCUAUCUUUCAGAGACCCAUGUGCCGCUGGACACGAUCCCCUUCACCUCGCUGCAAGCGCCCGCGCCGGCGGCGUCGGCGGCCAAGCCUGCGCCCAAGGCGAAGGCCGAUGCGAAGAUUGCGGACGCCGAACUCAUCGGCAUUACGGUGCGCAAGGACCUGGAUUUCCCCGAGUGGUACCAGCAGGUGCUGCGCAAGGGCGACAUGCUGGACUACUACGAUGUGAGUGGCUGCUACAUCAUCAAGCCUUGGAGCUACUUCGUGUGGGAGAGCAUCCAGCGCUUCUUCGACGGCGAGAUCAAGAAAAUCGGCGUCGAGAACUGCUACUUCCCCAUGUUUGUUUCGUCAGAUGUGCUGGAGCGUGAGAAGGACCACAUUGAGGGCUUUGCCCCUGAGGUAGCGUGGGUCACAAAGGCAGGCAAGUCGGACCUGGAGAAACCGGUCGCCAUCCGCCCUACGUCCGAGACGGUCAUGUAUCCCUACUAUGCCAAGUGGAUCCAGAGCCACCGCGACCUGCCGCUGCGCCUGAACCAGUGGAACAGUGUGGUCCGCUGGGAGUUCAAGCACCCCCAGCCGUUCCUGCGCACGCGUGAGUUCCUGUGGCAGGAGGGCCACACGGCUCACUUGAACAAGGAGCAGGCAGACGAGGAGGUGCGUCACAUUCUCGACCUGUACCGGCGCGUCUACGAAGAGCUUCUUGCCCUGCCCGUGGUGCCCGGCAUCAAGAGUGAGAAGGAGAAGUUCGCCGGUGGCCUGUACACCACCACGGUGGAAGGCUAUGUGCCGACGACCGGCCGCGGUAUCCAGGGCGGUACCUCCCACGGUCUCGGCCAGAACUUUAGCCGCAUGUUCGAUAUCACGGUGCAGGACCCCAAGGCGACCGAUGAGACGCGGGGCAAGCCGGAAGGCCGUCUGCACGUGUGGCAGAACUCGUGGGGUCUCUCGACGCGUACGAUCGGUGUGAUGGUCAUGGUGCACGGUGACAACAAGGGUCUCGUUAUGCCUCCGCGAGUGUCGCAGAUCCAGGUGGUGCUCGUGCCCUGCGGGCUGGGUGUGAAGGUGCCGCAGGACGUGAAGGACCGCGUGAACAGCACGUGCGGCGAGAUUGCCGAGCAGCUGACCGCCCGCGGCCUGCGUGUGCAUGCGGAUCUGCGUGACAACUACAACCCUGGCUUCAAGUUCAACGACUGGGAGCUGCGCGGCGUGCCGCUGCGCCUCGAGGUCGGCCCGAAGGACCUGGAGAGCCAGUCGGCCAUGGCCGUGCGCCGCGACACGGGUGUGAAGACGCAGCUCUCGCUCCAGACACUCGAAAGCACCGUGCCGGAACUGCUGGAGACGAUCCAUCGCGACAUGUUUACGAAGGCCGAGGCCGAAUUCCGUGCUCACCGCAAGAUCGUCACGUCGUGGGACGACUUCACGCCGACGCUGAACGAGAAGAACCACGUGAUCAUUCCGUGGUGCGAGGAGGAGGCGUGCGAGGACCAGAUCAAGGACCGCAGCGCGCGCAUUGCGCUCGCGGGCGAGGCGCAAGACGAGCGUGCGCCGUCGAUGGGGGCCAAGUCGCUGUGCAUUCCAUUCGACCAGUCGCCCUACCCGUCGGUCGAGGGCCGCCUGUGCCCGCAGUGUGGCAAGCCCGCGAAGCGCUGGACCAUGUUUGGCCGCAGCUACUAA